UGUUUACCUUUGCAAGAGAGAAUUCAAUUGUCAAAAUUUUUAAGGUUAUGUUUUAAAGUGACUCAAACAAUAUUAAAAAAAUUUCAAUAGAAACCCCUUAAAUAAAUAGUAUUCCAUCAUAAUUUUCUAAAUUACAACUUUAGGGGCAAAAAUCAUGCCGGCAUACCAUUCGAGUUUCCUGGAACCUACCCAAGUAAUAGGGAACACCGCAAUCCUCCCUUUCAAGACGAAAGUGCGCGGACCGGCGCCCCAAAUCAUCACCGACGAACAAGACAUAAUUGAUGAAACUCUAUAUUUCUUCAAAGCCAACGUUUUCUUCCGCACCUACGAAAUCAAGAGCGAAUCAGACAGGCUCCUAAUUUACAUAACUUUGUACAUAACCGAGUGUUUGAAGAAGUUGCAGAGAUGCAGCAACAAAAACCAGGCCCAAAACGAAAUGUACAGCUUGGCGAUUUCACGAUUCGACAUUCCUGGUGAACCAGGCUUUCCCCUAAAUUCGGUCUACAGCAAGCCGCAAAAUUCGUCAGAAGCUGAACUGCUUCGCUCGUAUUUCACCCAAUUACGACAAGAAGUCGGUCUGAGGGUCGUCGAGAAGGUUUUCGGCGAGGACGGCAAACCAAGCAAGUGGUGGUUGUGUUUUGCCAAAAAGAAGUUCAUGGAUAAAAGUCUCAGUGGUCCUGGACAAUAGUUUUUUAAGGUUUUUUUAUAUGCUUUCAUUUAAUUAUUAAAUUACUAAAAUUAU